CUAACAUAUACUUGGCCUCUUCGAAAUCCGAAAACCUUGUACAACUAGUCUCCGUUCACCUUGUUCUUGGAGAGAUGGGCAUGGUUAAAAAGUUGGGGUCUGAAAAUCCUGUGGUUAUCUUCAGCAAAAGCAAUUGUGGUAUGUGCCACACCAUUAAGACACUAAUAAACAAUUUUGGGGCAAAUCCUAAAGUUUAUGAGAUUGAUCAACAUCAAGAUGGUCAGAAAAUGGAAAGGGAACUGCUACGUCUAGGACAAGAGCCAAGUGUGCCUACUGUUUUCAUAGGCAAAGAGAUGAUCGGUGGCUCUGAUGAGGUGAUAGGCCUCAAUGUCAAAGGCGAGCUGAAGCCACUGCUUAUAAGGGCCAAAGCUAUAUGGAUAUAGAGCUAAAUCAGAGAACUCGAGAUCAGGCUAGCAGAGAACAGUAAGCGGAGAAUUCUUGUUCCCCAAUACAUAAGGUUAAUAAGCUUGUUACCUAAUGAGUGUAAUAUCAUAGAACUGGCGUACUAUAGAGUAUAGACCUAUUUUUAUCAGAGUUUCAGCAGCUGUCCUGCAUUUCUGCAAUCCUGCAUUAAACUCAUAAAACAACUAAGUAGUACGAGAACAAUCGAUAUUUCUCGUCUACUUA